AUGGGUAGUUCCUAUAGUUCUGAGAGUAAGAUAAAGUACGAUGUUUCUUCUAGUCCCCAUUUGUAUGAAGAUAGAUCUGCAUCAUACUAUUGGUUCAAAAAUCCACCUGCUGGCUGGGAUGCUGCUGGAAUUAACAGUGUCUAUCAACCCAAUACCACUCUUCUUGGAAAUGUUAAGGAGAGUAUAGUUAUGAUCUACAACAAUUCUUAUGUAGAAGUUAAAAUUCCAGCUUAUAGAGAGAUUUCCUAUACCACAAUGGAUCAAGCUAUCUAUGAUUUUUACCACAACAAAUCAUUAGUUCCCAAAGUCCAAAAUGAUAGUUCUCCCAAUUUUUCAAACUUCACUCCAUCUUAUGGUAUCACAUUCAACGAACUCUCAAUAUCGAAAAAGAUUCUAAACUACACCUUUGAGAAUUUCUACUCUGCUCACUACGAUCAAGAGAAUGAUCAAUUUUUAAAUAUUGGUUGGAGUGCGAGGGAUGAUGAUUUAAUAUCGAUGUUAAACAAUGCAUUUAUUAAAAUAGCAAUGGGACAAAACUAUUCAAUAAAUGGAGACCUCUCUAUAUACGAAGUAAGAAUUAAUUCCAAUAUUGACUCAUUUCCAUAUAUGCAAGCGAUGCUCUUCCUACCGAUUGUCUUUACAUUUAUCUUCCCAGUAUUUGUAUUCAAUUUGGUUCAAGAGAAAGAGAAGAAGCUGUUCCAAGUUAUGAGUAUGAUGGGUUUGAAGAAUAUUACCUAUAUUCUUUCCAACUACCUAUUCUUUAUCAUUCUAUACCUUAUCAUUGCCACUGUAAUGAUUGUCAUGGGUUUAGGAGGAUCACUUCCAUACUUCUUGAAAGAACCAUUCAGAAUUAUCUUAUUGAUUGUUGUCUAUGGUUUCGCGUUGGUAUCAUUGGCAUUCCUCUUUAGUGCAUUCUUUUGGAAAUCAAAAACAUCUGCAAUUAUUUCUUAUAUAUUUAUAUUGGUAACACCUUUGGUCGGUUCUAUUUUAGACCUAUUUGUAUUUGGAUUAAAGACAGUUCCACUUCCAUAUCUAUGGGUACCACAAUUCGCAUUUUCACAUGGACUCUAUGCAAACUUUAUUACUUUGAGUACCUAUGAUGAUGCAUAUAGUAAUAUGACAUCACUAAGUAACUAUUCAGAGUAUGGUAGAGUAGUAGUUACUCUCGUUAUGGAAGCAAUUGUAUUUUUCUUGCUUGGAGUGUACUUAAACAAUGUAAUUCCAAGAGAAUUCGGUGUUACAUUAUCACCAUUCUAUCCAUUUUAUGAUAUGAAAAAACUUUUCAAAAAGAAAAUUUUUGAAAAUCAUCAGGUAGAAGAGACAUCAUUACUUGUAAAUGAUACUGAUGAUAUUUUUGAAGAAGACCAAGAUUGUGCAAAUGAAAGAACCAAAGCACAUUCAAAUCAAAAGUUCUUGUUGAAAGCAAUCAAUAUAAAAAAGACUUACAAGACAAAGGGUGUCGUGAAAGAAGCACUCGUUAACUUUUGUUUGACAUCUGGUGAAGGUGAGAUUCUUGGAUUGCUCGGACCAAACGGUGCUGGUAAGACAACAUUCAUUCACAUCAUUGGUGGUAUGUAUCAACCAACGAGUGGUGAUGCUUUCAUCAAUGGUCUAUCGAUUAGAAAUGAAAUGCACAGCAUCUAUAACUUCCUUGGAUUUUGUCCACAACACGAUAUUCUCUAUGAUGACUUGACCAUUCAACAACACUUGGAGUUCUACUCGAAACUGAAAGGUCUGUUUGAUACUCGCCAGAAGAUUCUCGAACAUAUCGACUAUGUGUUGGGUAUGGUUAAAUUAGCAGAACAUAGAAACAAAAAGAUAACAGAGUUAUCGGGUGGCAUGAAACGUCGUGUCUCAAUCUCAAUCGCAUUGCUUGGAAACAACAAAUUGAUUCUCCUCGACGAACCAUCAACAGGUCUCGAUCCAGAUGCACGUAGAAGUGUAUGGGAUAUCAUUCAAGAAAUCAGACAUGAUAAAACUAUUCUAAUUACAACACAUAAUAUGGAAGAAGCAGAUGUAUUGUCCAAUAAGAUUGCCAUUAUUGCAUCAGGUAGAUUGCAAUGUGUUGGAUCACCAAUCUAUUUGAAGAAUAGAUACGGUAAUGGAUUCAAACUGCAAAUCGUUCCAUUGAAUGAAGGUUUCCGCUCGUCACUCAUCAAAUUCGUACUUGACAACUACCCAAUGGCAAUGCAACAAGAAUCAGUCAGUGAUGAAUUGAUAUUCUUGAUUCCAAAAGACUCUGAUAUCAGUACCAUCUUUGAUAUUAUCUCUAAGAACAAACAUGAACUCGGUAUCAAAGAAUGGGGUGUCAGUCAAACCAGUCUUGAAGAGAUCUUUAUGAAGAUGGUUGAACGUGAAGAAUCAAAUGGUGCACAAUAA